CCAUUUUUCACCACAUUUCCCCACCAUAGCUUCCAAUUUGUUAUCGCAUUCCAUGAUGACUCCUACGUAAACUCGCUACCCCUACACUUCCAACCACUCAAAUUUCCCGUCUACUUCCAGAAAUAAAUCAGGUGCUCUGCCACAAAUACACACUAAAAUUUAACAGUUCGUUGAAAUACCUUCACAGGAAGUCUUCCAGGCUUCGACAAUCAGUUACUAAAUUGCCACCGAAACGUUAGCACCGACUUAGGCGCCGGUUUUUUGUGAUGACUGCAGCAAAAUAAAAUAAUUUAAAUAAUAUUAUAAACAACAACUAAUAAAAACAAAAAAUAAUAAUUUGUUUACCAAAAGAAGCGUCAAAUAAAAUCUAUUGAUUUUCAGCUUAAUUGCUUUGGCAGUAAACGAAAAUUGUCUGAAGUAUACAUUCAGGCGCACUUUUCAUUACGCGCACACCUAUCCACCUGUCAAUUAGCGAGUCCAGUCAAGUUGGACACUGAAAAGCAAGUUAUAUACUUUCAGGCGCUUGUCGGUGUGUUUACACAGUAGUGUCGUUCGUCAGCGUGAGGUUUUCGUUUGCGAUCAUUGAUUCGGUUGUACAGAGGAAUAUUGUACUAAGAUCUUAAACUGUAUUCGAAUGUUACAUAACGUGUGUGAGAAUAUUUGAAAAAAGCGCUUGUAUUCUGACUCAAAUCCAACGAAAUCACAUCACACCAUCUUUGAUGCGAGCGUUUUGUGAAUCGACCAUCGUUCGAGCACAUGUGCGGGCUACAUUUUAAAACGCGAAAUAGUCCGUCUCAAAAGACGUCCCUGCGCUGGGGCGAUAGUUGCAAUUCGCAGUAAUUGAAAUAAUAUUUGUGCUUGGAAGUAUUAAAAAAUUAUAAAAAUUAAUUAAAAAUAAAAUUGGUAAUAAAAAAGAAAUAAAUAAUUAUUUAAGUAAACAAAACGAAAAAUAUAAAUUAAAUAUUCUAAAUUUAAUUGAAAGCAGUCAUUAAGCUAAAACGCGUUUCUGAAAGUGUUCCUCUGGCCCGAAUAUGUCCAUGAAAACUAAAUAAUAGAGAAAUUGUAACUAAGCUUGGACAAGGUCAUCUCACUCGAAACACACGAAAAUAAUAUACAAAUUUUGAUUGAAACAAUAAUCUGGCGAUAAUACACGUCUCAAAAUGAUUAACAUCGCUGGCGUGGUGAGCAUCGUGCUCUUCUAUCUACUGAUUCUAGUCGUGGGCAUAUGGGCGGGACGCAAGAAGGCUGCUGGCAACGAUUCCGAGGAGGAGGUGAUGCUGGCAGGACGCUCAAUUGGUCUUUUCGUUGGCAUCUUUACAAUGACCGCAACUUGGGUUGGUGGUGGCUACAUAAAUGGCACGGCAGAGGCCAUCUACACAUCCGGACUGGUGUGGUGUCAGGCGCCAUUUGGUUAUGCUUUGAGCUUGGUUUUCGGUGGCAUUUUCUUUGCAAAUCCCAUGCGUAAACAAGGUUACAUAACCAUGUUGGAUCCGCUGCAGGACUCUUUUGGCGAACGCAUGGGUGGUUUGCUCUUUCUGCCCGCACUCUGCGGUGAGGUCUUCUGGGCUGCUGGCAUUUUAGCCGCUUUGGGCGCUACGCUGUCUGUCAUCAUCGACAUGGACCACCGCACUUCGGUGAUACUCUCCUCAUGCAUUGCCAUUUUCUACACGCUCUUCGGCGGGCUUUACUCGGUCGCUUACACCGAUGUCAUACAACUGUUUUGCAUUUUUAUUGGCUUGUGGAUGUGCAUACCAUUCGCCUGGGCCAAUGAUCAUGUGAAGAGUUUGUCCUCCAUGGAGGUGGACUGGAUUGGGCACGUGGAACCGGUGAAACAAUGGUUUUACAUAGAUUACGGUUUACUGCUGAUAUUCGGUGGCAUACCGUGGCAAGUGUAUUUCCAGCGUGUACUGUCAAGUAAGACAGCCGGACGCGCUCAGUUGUUGUCUUAUGUCGCGGCAGCUGGUUGCAUCCUUAUGGCGAUCCCUCCGGUACUCAUUGGCGCCAUUGCCAAAGCAACAGCAUGGAAUGAAACCGAAUAUGACGGUCCUUAUCCACUAACAGUCGAGCAGACUAGCAUGAUAUUACCUAUGGUCCUUCAGUAUCUCACACCCGACUUUGUGUCGUUCUUUGGGCUCGGCGCGGUUUCGGCAGCUGUCAUGUCUUCGGCGGAUUCGUCGGUGCUUUCAGCGGCAUCCAUGUUUGCGCGCAAUGUUUACAAAUUGAUUUUCCGUCAAAAAGCUUCCGAGAUGGAAAUCAUAUGGGUCAUGCGUGUGGCUAUAAUAAUUGUGGGUAUACUCUCAACUAUAAUGGCGCUGACGAUUCCAUCCAUCUAUGGUCUCUGGUCCAUGUGUUCGGAUUUGGUCUAUGUCAUUUUGUUCCCACAACUUUUGAUGGUCGUGCACUUUAAGCAGCACUGUAAUACUUAUGGCAGUUUAGCUGCCUAUAUAGUGGCGCUCUUUAUACGCUUAUCGGGUGGUGAGGCAUUGCUCGGUCUGAAACCUCUCAUACAUUUCCCCGGCUACGAUGAGGAGACACAAACCCAAUUGUUCCCCUUCCGCACCACGGCUAUGUUAAUGAGUCUGAUUACGCUGAUAGGGGUUUCUUGGUGGACAAAAAUGAUGUUUGAAUCGGGCAAACUUCCACCGAAUUACGACUAUUUUCGUUGUGUAGUGAAUAUUCCUGAAGAUGUACAAAGAGUGGGGGAGCCUUCAGAAGCUGGCGAGCAGCUCUCUGUUAUGGCUGGUCCAUUGGCACGUUCCUAUGGUGCAGCCACAAUGGCUGGCAAAGAUGAGCGCAACGGACGCAUUAAUCCGGCGCUCGAGUCCGACGAUGAUUUACCUGUGGCCGAGGCGAAACGCAUGAAUCAGCAGACAGCGCAGGCGCAAGUGCAGAAAAUGUUGAGCAAGGCGACGGGUAAAGGUGGUGGCAGCGCCAGUGACUACGGAGGCGGAGAUGCUGCCGUUAUGGGCAUUGACGGCAUUUUAGUGGGACAAGGUAUGGCUGUGCCAACUGCUGAGCUUGAUAAUACUGCCUUCUAAGUACAUGUUCAAAUACACAUAAACACACAUACAUACAUAUCUACAUAUAAAAUUCAAUUUAAUUAUUUACUUUAUGAAAACAUGAAAAUUCGUUAUCAACAUAGCAUAAAGAAUUUAAGCAAAAAAGGCUCAUACACACACAUACAAACAAACAUAAAUUCAAAAGCAAAUAUAGACAUACAUAUAUGUUAUAGACUUAGAGGGACUUGGUGUAAGGCUUGGGCAAGCAGUUGGAUAAUUGGAAUUUGUGGGCAAUUAAUGACUAAGCUUAUGAAACUAAACAUAUCAACGCAGCGAAAAUGCGAAACAAAACAAAAUGAAAAAAACUAAACUAAAUAUACAAAACUAUAUAUAUACAUACAUACAUAUAUACAAUUAUAUGCUGUUAUUAACUAUUUUUGUGUAGUGUUGCCAGUGUUAACAGUUUGUGCUUUUUGUUUUUUGUUCAAUAUGUGUUUUACGGCUAAUAAGUACUUAAAGUUGAAAACGUUUUGUAAAAAAACUUUUAAAGUGUGGUAAUGUUAAACAUUCUAUUUGAAAUUAGUGUUAUAUAAGGGAGUAUUGUCUUAAUAAGUAUCUACAGUUAUCUCUAUAGGUUCGUUUGUUCUAUGUAUGUAAUAUCAUAUGUGCUUGCUUGCAACAGAUUCUUAUCUAUAUUAUCUAUAACAGUUCUUAUGGACGAAAUUUGCACAGCAAACGCAGUAGUGACAUUUCUCGUUGUUGGCUUAAAUAGUGAUUAACAAACACUAGGUAUAUGUAAUGUUAAUUUACCUGCAUCAUAAAUUGUUGAAAUUUGUAUUUUAGUAAGUAACAUACAUUAUUUUAAAUAUUAUAUUAGGGAUGUACAAAGUGCUCAGGUGCCGUUCAAAAGUUUAUUCAUUUAUCUAUAUACAUAUAUUUUUUUAGGAUUUCUUGUUUUGUUGCUUUGUUAUAAUAAUAACUAAAUUUAAUAGUCAAAUACCUUGGCUUUUUUGAGAUGAAUUAAUUUUGUUAAAUAUAGUUGAAUAUCUCUGCUAUAUACUAACCUUUAAAGAACACAGUAGUUCCCAUAUCACAACAGUAGUUCGCAAAAAUAUGACUAUACAUAACUGUUAGAGACUCGAACGAAACAAAAAUACAUAUCAGAAACAUAAUAACCAAUUUAUGUUGAAGAAACAGUACCUAUAAUUCACUUGAGGAACAUAAAAAGUAUUUAUCAGAUCUGCAUUUUUGGAAAUUUUGAUAUUUUUAUUAUAUUUUGAUUGUUUAUUAAACAUUAGAAAAGAUAUUCUAUAAACUUUUGAUGUUCUUUUUUGCUUUGAAAUGUUUUUUUAUUAGUUAGAAAGAUGUGUAUGGGUCUUAAGAGGUUAGGUGGGUUUCAAAAUUUUGGAAAUUUUUUUGUUUUUAUCUUAUCUAUCCUACAACAAUUUAAAAUCGAUCCGAAUAAAAUUCUAAGAGAUAGACCAUUUCAAAGUUCCGCCCAUUAGAUCAUGUCAGUCUUAAUUAAAAAUUUUUAAUUCGUUUAUCUUUAAACUCAGGAGCUCCAUUAUCCACUUCAAACUUGCUUCUAGAUGAAUGGGUCUCAGUUGAACUGAGCAGGCGCUGGAAAAUCACUAGCGCCUAUUCUGUCACUAGAUCCUUCUGGCGCAAAGUAAAUCGCAAGAUGUCAAGGGAACUCUUCGCCCUCAGUAAGGUCAAUAUUUCCCAAGUCAUAUGAGUUCUAACCGACCAUUGUCCCACGCGGUCAAAUUAAAAAGAAGCUGCUUGAUAGAGAAUGAGUUAGAAUCCUCACAACAUUUCCUUUCGGAAUGCCCCGUCUUUGCGAGCUCAAGACAAAAAUUCCUCGGAUCUCUUUUUUUGGGCAUCCAACCGACUUAUCGGAUAUAUAAGUAAAAAACCUCUGCAGAUUCGUGGUAGGUUCUAUGCGUUUUGUCGUUUCUUAAAUUUUAGUGAAAGUAAAAUUUUUCUGGGAUCACAAACGACUGUCCUUAAUAGUCUAAGUGUGGUUAAUUUUUAGGGGACAGAAGAAGCCCAACCUUUAAAGGUUAGUAUCAAAACUCAAUUUCUUGAGUCAGUGGACACAAUUUUACGAAAUGUUAUUAAUCGAUUUUGAUAAAUUUUUGCACAGAUCUUUGAAAUAACAUUGCCUAGUUAUUGGAUUUAAUUUUUUUAAUGCCAAUAAAUGACGAAAAUUUUCCAAAAACUAUUUUUUUUUGUUCAAAGUCUGUUCAAUAUUCAAAGUUUAAUAUUUUUCUUUUUCCUUCGUUCAAUAACUAAAUCUAUCCAUGUGCUAUAGAAAUAUUUUUGGUUUAUUUUAUGAACCGAUUAUGAGUUAUUCUGUCUUACUGCAAGAACAUUUCUUUUUUUUAGACGUCAAGACAGAUGAGGUAUUAACAACUGAUUUUUGCAAAAUUUUUAAUUAAAAAUAACCCCUAAAGUAUCAUAAAAGUAGUAUAAUAUCAAUCAGUGAUAAAUUGUUGUUGGAAAUUUAUUUUUGGACAUCAAUUAGAAGACCUCUUUAAGGUCGCUUAUAUUAGAUAUUGAACGAUACAAGUAAAAAUUAGAUUCUAGCUCUUAUUUUGAUUCAAACUUCGAACUGAGCAGUUUGCUUGGUUUAGAUAAACUAUUCCAAAUUUUUUUAUUUUUAUUCAUUUUAUAAUUUUUUUUUUCUAGACAAAGCAAUUAAAUGAAAAAUCUAUAUAAUUUUUGAGCGCCUGUUGUAAAUUAUUAAGCAAUACAUUAUUUGUAACGUAUACAUAUCAACAAAAAGACAAAAAUAAUAUAUUACUGUACAUGUAGUAGUGUAUGUUCGCUAUUGUUGCACUGCAAAUGUGGUGCAAAACUCUGUCAUGUGACCUUCCAUUAUUCGAAACGCUCUUCAGCAUACAAAAAAAUAAAUAAAUAAAAAUAAAUGUAUGGGAAACGCUUUUAGGUAGUAAACGGUUGUUUGCUGUUGAAAAUUAAACAAAAAUAUUAAUUAGAAAUAAUCCAAGAAAAUCUAGCAAAUCCUUAACAACUGAGUAUUAAUGUUAAUUAGGGUGUGUUAGCAUAAAUACACAUAAGAAAUACAUAUAGAAUAAAGGAAUGCAUUAAAGCGAGUUGAAAGUUUGAGUUGGAGCAAUAGCUGGAAACAGUUAGUUGAAAGGGAGAAAGUACUUGAAAUUUAUCUACAAAUUGUAAACGCAUACAUAUCAUUUUAAAGUAAGUUGUGAGAUGAGAUUAAAUAUAGACAGUUAUACACAUAUAAGAAAAUAUAUUAGACAUUAUAAUACUAAUAAUAAAACGCAUCCGUUCAUAAAUGUUGAGAAGUGUUUAAAACUAAUCACUUUCCUAACAACAUAACCUCUUUGACCUUUAGUAAAGGCUUUUUCUGAAAAAUAAGAAAUGAAUCUGUUUAGAAUUGCAUUCAAGGCUUGUUAAAAUAGGCUGUGGCUGAGUAAAGCUCUGCAUUUCCCCGACUAUUAAUCCAUAUUGAGUUCAAGGAAAUAAACCGCAAAUGCUGUCAAUGCAAUAGUUGAGUUGAGAUCAAGUGAUUGAUCCCGCCAAGUAGUAAUUUGUUAUUCCAUUAAUAGGACUCUAUGUACUUCGGAUAGUUCUCAAAUAUGAAGUAAGGAUGCUGGUUGUAGAUCACACAGAUUUAGUGUAGACUAACUGACAUAAGCUAUGUCACAAAUACCAAAGAUUUUCGAUGAUCUUCUGCAAUUAAAAUUUUUUUUGUAAGAAUUUAAUGGAACUUGAUAAAAAAUAUAUUUUUUGAAAUUAGUUGGAUAGCUAAAACUAUCUAUAAAUCACAUACAUAUCCAUAGUAUGCCUGCAGCCUACAAAAACUAAAGACUAUGUGACUAUUCGGACACCCAUAGCUUCAUAUUAGUGAAAACGAACUAGUGAAAAUGCAAAUAUAUAGUUGAAAUAUAAAUAAAAUAUUUUAACUGAUAGCAAAUUCCCCUCCAACGUCUGCCCCAUAUACCAUACAUACUAUACAUAUGGUACUUAUUAGAAACACAUACAUAUCAAUUAUUGGAGAAAAAAGCUAAAAUAAACUAUUGAACGUUAUUUACUGUUAUCGUUUUACUUGUACAAAACUAAAAUUACUUACAAGGAAGUAUACAAAAGAGAACCAACAUACAUAUGUACGUCUAUUUGUAGUAUAUAAGUAUUAUGAAAUGAGAAAUCAAACUACUAGCAGACUACAUACAUAUGUUACUAGAUGAGAACAAGAAUUAUAUUACUCGCACAUACAAAUGCAUAAAGAAGAAAAAAAAAGAAAAAUUAAAAAAUAAAAAUAUAUAUAUUAUGACCUAAGAGUGUUUGUAUAUACACACCUAUAUAAGACAGCAAGGAUUUCAUAGUUCUAAUAUAAAUAUUAUAUAUAAACACAGAUACAUACAAUGUAAAGAAACCCUCAGUUGUAAACGACCGCAAGAGAUGUUGACUGCUUUUUUGAGAUGUAAGCAUAAGUAAUACAAAAAUCAUGUAUGUAGAAACCUUAAAGUUAAAGCAAAAAUACAAAGCAAAACAAAACGAAUUAUGUUAAAAUAUAUAAACUUUAAAUAUAUGUAUGUCCCUUGUUAAAAGAAAGUUGCUCGAUAUUUCAUUCUAAAAAUUGUGAAAAUAAAAAUUUAUAUUUUCGUCGAGUUUGUUGGCAUUUUAACCCAUUUUAAUACAAAAACAAAUUAUUUAAUAAUAACUAUUAUCAACUAAGAGAGUUUACAAGUUAAUAUUGAGAAUCUGAAUGUGUUUUUUAUGCUUCAAAACCGACAUCAAUCAUUUGUUAAUUAUAAUAUUGAAAAUAAUAAAAUAUUUCAAGCAUUUAAAGUACGAAGGGCGCAGUGUGAAUGAUUAGUGCAAUAACAAUAGUAUGAGAAACGUUUAUUAUGAGAAACAGCUGAUCUUAGUUAAAUGAGAAAGAAUCCUUAGAUCAUUUUCUUUUUAUUGUUUAUUAAUAACUUAAUUUGUAUGACAAGCUUCUAAAACUUGUCAAUCUUAAAUCUAUUGUUGAAGAACGGGUUUCAGUUGAGAUUUAAGAGAGUUUAGAUUUGAACUCAAAACAAACUUAUAUUCAAUUAGCGAUUGCUCUCAAGAUCCUCUUUUUUAAGUAU